AUGCCACGGAAAAAGCGGCAAUUUCGUUUUAGGAUCCCUUGGAUAUCAUGUCCUUUCACUGGAUCUCAAUCUCGUCGUCCAAAAUCUACAUCCCAAAUACCCAUUCAACGGCCACCAUUUCGGCCUCCUGGAAUAGCUUCUGUACCACCACAGCCUCUUCCUAGCCAAGCUCAAGGAACUGUAGAGAGAAAGAUGAUGUUUGCAACAACAUCCAAUGCUAGAGGCGAAGAGAUCAAAGUAGUGAGUUCAGCAUCAGCAGACUCAGUGACGCGGAAUGUAUCAUCAAGCAUAUCCAACGAUGAAAAGCCACCUCAGCAAAAAGGUAUGAAGGAUGAUGAUAUUUUAAAUCUUGUUCACCCAACACAACCCAUGGAUGACAAAACAGUUAGUGUGGUAACUCUGGCUGGUGACAACAGAGGAGCAACAAUGCACGUAACAGGUUCCCACUCAGCUAGGAAAAAUGAGGAAAACUCGCCUAGCACUUCAACGGAGAAAGAUGAAGUGGGUAAGGCUUAUGUCAAUAGUAACAUACAGAGCAUGAAUAAUUCUCUUUUGUUGCAUGGUUCAAUCACUGAAAGAGACCCUGGCGUUAGUGUGAUUCUUCCCCAACGGCCAGCAGAACCCAUCAAGCCACGUUUGGAAAACCAAAAGGCGGAAGUAAACAUUAAUCGGACAGAGAGGUUAACUCACCGGCCCAUGAUUCGAAGGCGAUGCCUAAGAGGUCUUUUGAUGGAACCAAGCGACUCUGAUCCUGAUAACCCUCGCAAACCUCGUCGUCAUGGUUGCAAAUUCAGUUGCGGAGAUAUUAGAAAGGAUUAG